GUACUUUAAUUUUAAUUCAUAAUGAGUUAUAGGGUCUACAUCUCUAGAUAAACAAUGAAGAGUAUAAGUGCAAUCUUUCUAUCGGGGUUAAUGUUCGGAUCCCAUUGGGUGCUAAGAACACAACAAACCACAUGACAUCAAUAUCCCACUUGAUCUCCGAGCGGGGAAUAUUUGGUGCAACUUCGGAAUCUCCUGUUUGUCCCCCAACAAUAACUCGAUAACAUACCAGGAAGUUUCACAGCCUCACCCUAGCAACCAUGGCAAAGACAAUUGUCGCAACUGGCAUCUCAUCCGGCUUGGGCUUUGAAACAAUCAAGCAGUUGCUUGAGCAAGCCGAGCCGUACAAUUUCAUCUUGGGCGCGCGAGACACGGUCAAAGUCCAGGCUGCUUACGAUAGCCUCAACUAUGACACUUCUAAGCAUUCCAUCACCAUUUACCCACUCGACCUCCUGUCCUUGAAGAGUGUGCAGUCUUUCGCAGCAAAUGUCCGUUCCAAGUUGGGUUCCGAGAAGCUGGCUUAUCUCUUCCUCUGCGCCGGCACUCUGGACAAUGGCGAAGGCCCUGGUCCAAAUGGAUCGCAAUGGUGCUCGGGAUAUGUAGUUAACCACCUAGCCCCGCAUUAUCUGGUCCACUUGCUCCGUGAUGUGCUAUCUGCCUCGCAGUCGCGUGUUGUUUUCGUUUCUUCCGGGGCGAUCCGUGGUCUCAGAGACCAGGAUCCGGCAACCCUUGACGUGGACUUGAAAGCCAACUCUGGCGCAGGCUAUCGUCCGAUAUACAGUGCCUCCAAGUUCGUGCAGCUAUUGGGCGCAUUUUACUGGCGGCGUGAACUCCCCUCUUGCACGGUCGUUGCUGUUUCGCCAGGUCUCAUUCCGAGCACUCCUCUCGCCUCGUCAAUGGGUUUGACCAUGGAUAUGCCCGAUGCCAAGACUAUCCCCGAGGGUGCUCAGAACCUCCUCCGCGCCUUUUUCAUUAACGAUUUCCCGGCGGAUCCGGAACAGAUCUUCUUGACUAGCUGGGGAGAGUGGUGGCCUAAGGAUGUGUAUGCCCUGGCCCUUGAUGCUGACUUGCAGAAGAAGUGGUGCUUGAGCAGGGAGGAAAUUGAGAAGACUGAAAGCAUUGCUUGA